AGGCGCUGUAACACUCAGGAAUCAUCAGCUAUUAGCGCUCCGUCACUGGACUGUACAGAGUCCCUCGUCCGCGCACAGAAAAUAAUAUUUAGAUAGCUGCUGUAUAUUAUACUCGAAAAAUAUGUCUACUACGACCGGUGGCGGAGAGUUUGGCAACCCUCUGCGGAAAUUUAAGCUGGUUUUCUUGGGCGAGCAAAGCGUGGGCAAAACUUCACUUAUCACCAGGUUUAUGUAUGACAGCUUCGAUAAUACAUAUCAGGCAACUAUUGGUAUAGACUUUCUGUCAAAAACCAUGUACUUGGAAGACCGCACGGUUCGGCUCCAGCUAUGGGACACUGCAGGGCAGGAGCGCUUCCGCAGCCUCAUUCCCAGCUACAUCCGAGACUCCACUAUUGCUGUGGUGGUCUAUGACAUCACCAAUCUCAACUCCUUUCAGCAAACCUCAAAGUGGAUAGAUGAUGUCAGAACAGAGAGAGGAAGUGAUGUCAUUAUCAUGUUGGUUGGCAACAAGACAGACCUGGCUGAUAAAAGGCAAGUGUCAUUAGACGCAGCAGAGAAAAAAGCCCGGGAUCUGGGUGUGAUGUACAUAGAGACCAGCGCCAAAGCUGGUUAUAACGUCAAACAGCUGUUUCGUCGUGUUGCCGCAGCUUUGCCUGGAAUGGAUAGUACACCAGAGAAAAGCAAAGAGGACAUGAUCGAUAUCAAACUGGAGAAGCCUCCAGAGCUGCCUGUUACCGAGAGCAGCUGCUCCUGCUAGUAACAACCCUCGGCCCCCCACCAGGUCCUGCGUCCCCCUCACUCCACCCCCUCACACACCAACAGCUUGCCUCUCAGUGGUCACUCGCUCCUCUCACGGCCCCGUGUCAUGAGCGGAGAACUUUUUUCUUUCUCUUCGACUCAGUGACUUUUCAGAGUAACCGUGUGGAUGUGCUUUUACUCUGUAUUAAAAUGGAUUCCAAAAAUGCAUAUAUUGUUAACGGAAAAGUAAAAUCACAGCAUAGAUUUAAUGCAAAAACCAUUCAGAUCCUCAUCUGUUCUGGCUGCAUGGCAUUAUAUGGGAUUGCAGACUGACCUAAGCUCAGAAAACUUAAGUUUUCACACAUCCGUGCCAUCAUAGUUGUGAAGUUAACAUGUUUCAGAGCUGGGGCUGAUGUUAUCAUUUUUAGGCCUUUUUUGCCUUCUUUUUUAAUUUAUCUGGAGGAAGAAUUUAUGGCUGUUACCGAUUCAGAUAACAAAUUUCAACUUUGUUUUUUCACAUGAACAUCACACUAUUAUUUUGUUUGUGUUUUUUUUUUUUUUUUGCCAGAAGUUAUUUAAAAGAAAGAUACAGAACGAAUCUCUUUGAUUUUGUCUUGAAAUAUCACCAUGGACACAAUAUUCUGUAUAAUUGGAUGCUUCCAUGUUAAAUAUAGUAUAUGGGACCAGAUAUCAUUUUAAAAUUGUUUUGUUUUAGUAUAUAUACAUGUAUGGACAAGAAAAUUAGCAGGUUUUUUUUUUUUUUUUUUUUUUUGCGAUAAGCCUCAUUCUGGACAGGCUAAUUUUAUACCGAAAUCUUUGGAGGGUUGCAUGGAAGUAGAAUGUAUUGAGCUGUUGGGGAAAAAAAAUGGGAUUUAAUGUUCUUAGAAAAGGGAAAAUUACUAUUUAAUUUUGUUCAAAUUCAAAACCGAAGAUAUUAAAUGACUUAUCCACGACCAUACUCACAAAACCUAACGUUAAUUGUGAAAACGUGUAUGUACUAACAAAACUAUUGUAAUGUCGCUCUGAGCUUGGAUGUGGAAAACAUCAGUAAUUCACACUAAUUCUGCUAAGUUUUUGUCUUGUUUUUGCUGCGCAAGUGUAGGGACCGCAUGCAGUUUAGAAGACAGUUUAACACAAAAUGCCUUGCUUGUUUGGUUGUCAUGGUGCACCAAAUCAGGCCACAGUGCUGUGGUUUGCUCGAGCCUAUUAACAUUGCAUACAGAUAAUGAGGUUUUGUUCAUUGAAACAGGACAUUUCGAUUUCUUCCUUCAAUACGGCUAUCGCUUGGUGUACAGACACGUCUUGGUAUUGCUCGUCGUAAGACUGUUGGUUUCAUGUGUUUAUUUAUUAUCUCACUAGUUAGUGAUACAAUGUGUUGUAUGCUUGAUGGGAAUGGCAGUUAGCAAUGUGUGGGAAUCAAAGUUUGAUGUAUUGCAUUGCUGCCUGGCUACUCUAUCACAAAGACCUAGUCGUGUCACAAUCGUGCCACUCUUAAAGACAUUCACGCCCCAUCUGUAAUGCUGGGUUUCUACAGUAUAGCUUGAAUGGGCUUUUAUUUGCUGGAGAGGUAUCACCAAGUCCCCCCCAGCACUGUCGCUUUUCCUCUCGUUCAACUGUAAACCGACAAAUCCUUUCAUCACUAAGACUUUAAAAAAGGGCAUCAAGUGUGUUUUAAACAUUAACAUUUACUAUGGUUUGAUAUGUAGGAAAUGAAAUAAAUAAGAGUGAAAACCCUCCUGAACAGCUCUAUCACGUGUCACUCACUGAAUACUCAGCUGUGUGCUAUUCUGAAGUGUGUUGGUCUGUUUGAAAUACGCUGUCUAAUAGUGUUUAGCUAAGUUUGUGUGACAAAGUACUAUUAUUAUAUGCUGUAAAAAAUGGACGGUUAAAGAGACACCAAAAUGUAUCACAAGAAUAAAAGAUAUUUCACCAGA